AUGAAGACGGAGCCAUCGGCGCCGCGUGUGCUGGAGCUCCUGGCGCCUCGCUUCGCCGACCUAGGCGAUGUGUCCGGCAGUCUCCCCGUGUCACUGGAUCUGUCCGCCUCCAUGGAUGUGCAGUUGGUCUUCUGGGAGCGAGAAGGGGUCACCAAAGAACUCGAAUGCGUUAACGUAGACGAGGGCUGUCCGCGUUGCAAAUUCGAGGGUUUCUUGCGUGGCCUAGUGAUCCUCAAGCGACGUGGCGUGCUGCAUAUCAAUGGGGCGUAUGCGGUCGACCCAAUGGGGAGGAAUUUCGCAAGAUUGCGACUUCAGAUCGAGGGAAUGCACGAAGUGGCCGCAGCCUCAAAGCUGGAAGAGUUCGACUUUGUCAAGUGCCAUCUCGAUAAUUAUAACAACAUAGGAGAUAAUGUGACAGAGGAGCAGAAGAUUGAAGCUGCAAGACGCAGCAAAUGCCACGUGAUGGGGUGCAGGCUGCAUUGCUGGCAGGCGCCCAGAGUCCAAGUGACGCCAGAGAGAACGCCGAGAGCUACGCUUUCCGGCUUAAACUGGGAUCAACAGCAUUCAAACUCGGACGCGCCGAGCCAUGUGCCGGUUAAAAGGGAGAUUCAGGUGUCCUCUCCAGCUUCACCACACGCACCACAAUCUCCCAUGCGUGCCUCAUCGCCGACGCCGAGUGUCGUGGAGUAUGCCGUGUCUCUAAAAGAUGAGGAGCCUGUGUUGUGCGAACCGGCACCGCACCGGAAGUUGAAUCUUCCUGAUGUUUUUCACAGUUUGAUGGCUCGUAUUGAGGCUGAGCCGUCGGAUCUGUGGAGUGCCGAUGUUGCAGGGCUGGAUUUGAAGUUAUACGAACAUCAAAGACGCGGAUUGAGCUGGAUGAUGAAAAGGGAGCGUGGAAUAUUGUGGGAUACGCUGCUGCUCCACCCGUUCAGUGUUCCCGGCAGAGAUAGUGACACUGACUUGGAGUUGGAGACAGAGUUUGGAAAGACGGCUUACGACGCCUGCGGUGGAAUGCUCUGCGAUGAACCUGGACUGGGUAAAACUAUCACGAUGCUGGCUCUGAUCCUCUUAACAAGAGGCCAUUCGACAUCGAAUCUGGCCGUUCGGGUGGAUCCUCCGUCGCCAAAUACCGCAAGUGUGCAGCUCCGUUCGUCGUCUCGAGGUCGCUCACUCAUAGCUGAAGACUUGAUGAGCUCAUGUACAACACUCGUGGUGGCCCCAGACGCGUUGGUUGAACACUGGGCGGAGCAGAUUGACAUGCACGUGGUGCAUCAAGGACUGAAAUACUAUGUGGACAAAGCAGAAAAAAUACAAGAAGCGCUACCAAAAAGCAAAAAGUUGGCCAAGUACGAUGUCGUAAUUGUAUCCUUUUCUCGGAUGGCCAAGGAGUGGAAGCUCCAUCGACCUGCAUCUGCGAUGGAAAAGCGCAAUGUCUUAAGAUACGGCUUUGAAGACCAACCGGAUCGAUACGUCGAUGGAAGUCUCCGUGGCGACUUGUCUUCUCUACUCUCGGUGCAUUGGUUGCGUAUCGUCGUGGAUGAAGGUCACAAGCUCGGCGGUCGAGCGCCUACGCAGCUGAUGCAAAUGUCCCGCCUGCUGUGUGCAGAGCGACGAUGGGUAAUGACGGGAACGCCGUCGCCAAACACGCUUCAGUCGGCUGACCUUCAGUAUAUCCAAGGACUUCUGGUUUUCCUGCGCUGUCAACCUUAUGGACGACCUGAUGGACACGCAUGGUCAAAGGCGAUCGCUCGCCCAUUCCAGAGGAACGAGGUAAUGGGAUUCUAUCGACUCCAGCAUCUCCUCAAUCGGAUAAUGAUCAGACACACAAAGGAAUCCAUCCGUGACUUCCUUCCACGCCCAAUCCGCCACACAGCUGUCGUGGAUCCGAGUCCGAGCGAGUUUAAGCUGUAUAACGCAAUUGCAGAGAAUGUUCGGGCUAGUCUGGUGACUACGACCAUAGAUGUCCCGAAAAGCUCUCACACACCAGGCGACAUACACCCGGACAGCCUUUUGCAUCGCAAGAACCACCAAGGCGCCGGACACGUGGAAAGCGACCUUGCAAUUGCGUUCAUGGGUGGAUAUGCAGUCGAAUGGGCUGUGAAGAAGGAGAAGAUGAAGAAAAGCAUAGCCAAAUUGGUGGAUGCCGGAGUAAAUGAAGCUCGCGUGUCGACUGUCUCCAAGUAUUUGGAGAGUGUGCUUCACAAGGAGAAGACCACGUGCAGAGAGUGUGGAUUCGAGCGGCGCUUCCUCAUGGUUCUACCGUGUGGACAUUUGUGCUGCGCGCACUGUGUCGAAGACAUAAAGAAGGAGCUUGGCGAACCUUGCUGCACCUUUUGUGGAGAAGAGUAUGACGAAAAUGACUUUGACUUCUUGCAGCCAACUCUCACCGGCGAAAUCUCGACUCGUGGUCGAGAUAAAACCAUCGCUAAACUGCGUGCAGCGGAAGUUCCUGAGUCGAGAAUCGCUACCGUGAUUGCCUACAUGGACUCACGGAGAGCAAAGCCACCCACCGAGUGCAUCAGCUGUCACCAAAAGCUGCACUUGCUGCUACUUCUUCCUUGUGGCACAUGUGCUCCGUAUUCUCGCCAAGGGUUCAAGUCGCUGCAACCAGGAGUUCAUGCCGAGGCGCUGGACGACAAUGAUCAGCGAAGAAAGAAAGUUUCCGUUAAGAAGAAGAGAAAACGCGUUGGUCAGCCAACCAAGAAGACCGUUAGGCUGGUGAACGUCAAGCGAGACUUCUGGAAGAUUGAGUCAAGUAAAAUCUUCUACAUGACUACUAGAAUUCGAGAGUUGAUGAAGGAGUUCGAACUGCCUUCGCGUGGUCGACAACGCGAGCUCAAGGUCAUUAUUUUCUCGCAGAAUCGUGAGAGUAUUUGGCGAACUAAAGUCGCCUUUGAGCAGCAGGACAUCCCCACUGCUGACUUCAUCGCGCUGAUUAAUCCUCGCAGGCGCAUUGAAAACUUGGAGGCGUUCCGCUCGAGCCCAAAUGUUCACGUCCUUCUGUUGUCAAAUUUGGGCUCCCAUGGUUUGGAUCUUUCUUUUGUUACGCAUAUAUUUCUACUGGAAGAAAUCUGGGAUAAGUCCGUCGAGCAGCAAGUGAUCAGUCGAGCUCAUCGAAUGGGAGCAACGCACUCAGUUGUAGUGGAGCAGUUAUGGAUGCGAGGAACGGUGGAGUGCCAGCUAGCAUCCGUCAAUCAGCAGCUCUUUAAGAGAGAAGCAUCUGGAGAAGAUAGCGAGACCAGACAAGGUCAACCUACAAGAGAAGAGGUUCAAGAAGCGUCAAGCGCUGGCAAAAACAAUUUCCAGGCGAUGAAAAUGUCGUAUCUCCUUAACAACUUGCGGAUUCUCCCAGAUGAUGUGGCUGCAAAAGACGGCGAAGUACGAUACUCCGUUUUGGAUGAGAAUGAAGCUAUUAUUCGGAAGGGAGUACACACAAUUUCGGAAUCGGGAGACGUGACAACCGUGUCAACCAUGCCAACAUCGCCUAAGCAGCGUGUAGUGGCAGUAGCAAGUUCUUUAGCAACUCCACAAGAAUCUACGAUGUCUACGAGAGAAGCUGCUCCACGAGUUACUGCAAAAAAGACGAAAUAUUCUCCUGAAAUUAUUGUAAUUGACGAUUCUUCUUCGGAUGAAGAACACAAGAGUGAAAGUGAUAGCGAAGAUGAUGUCAGAGUUCCAUUUCGGUUGCACUUCAGCCGAGUGAAGCAGGUGCCAGAGUAUAUUGAAAUUAAAGACGAAGAUACCGAGUCGGAGUGCUAA